AGCCCAGGAUUUUUGGGUGGGGAAACAGACUCUGUUAUACGCUAUCUUCAGUGCUUCCUUCAGAGGAAAGCAGAACCUCUCCCAAGCUAAGGUGAAGAACAUCUAGCCAGUGUCUUUUUUAUACUGGCACCAGACAGAAGGAGGGAAAGGGAACCGGAGUGUAACAACAACUCAUUUGGACUUGUAUCUAAGAAUAAUCAGAUUCAAUGGAUUGGCUCCCUUAUAGAACAACUGCAUUUCUAUUCAUUUUAAUGGUAUUUUUGGAUAUCAGCGCUGGAUUUCAUGUUGAGGUGAAAGAAUGGAAUGAAAAUAAUGUGACACGAUGGAAAACCUUCAAAAGACAAAAGCGGGAAUGGAUUGAAUUCGCAGCAGCUUGUAGGGAAGGAGAAGAUAAUUCAAAAAGGAAUCCAAUUGCCAAAAUUCGGUCCGAUUGUGAAGAAAACCAACCAAUUGUAUACAGCAUCUCAGGAAUAGGGAUUGAUCAGCCACCUUAUGGGAUCUUUGUUAUUAAUAAAAACACUGGAGAAAUUAAUAUAACAUCAAUAGUUGAUCGAGAGGUGACCCCAAUGUUUGUUAUAAGAUGCUAUGCUAGACAUGCAAUUACUAAUAGAGAAGUAGAACCACCUCUUGACCUUCGCAUCAGAGUUCUGGAUAUAAAUGACAAUGCUCCAGUAUUUUCACAAGCUACAUAUAUGGGAUCUAUUGAAGAAAGUAGCAUGGAGACUACUCUGGUGAUGAAAUUAAUUGCCACGGAUGCAGAUGAACCAAAUAACUUGAAUUCCAAAAUUGCCUACAAGAUAGUGAGUCAGGAACCUGCAGGUGCAUCAAUGUUUAUUCUAAAUAGAGAUUCUGGAGAAGUUCACAUAGCAAAUUAUCUUGACAGAGAGCAAUAUGACAGAUACUCUCUUGUUGUGAGAGCUUCAGACCGCGAUGGAGCUGCAGAUGGAAUCUCUUCCCAGUGUACCUGUUCCAUUGAAGUUAUUGAUGUCAAUGAUAAUUUCCCAACUCUUUUGCAGAAUUCAUAUUCAGCCAGCAUUGAGGAAAAUACACUCAGUUCACAACUGCUAAUGAUACAAGCUAUAGAUCGUGAUCAAAUGUUUUCAGACAAUUGGUUGGCAGAAUUUACUUUAUCUGGCAAUGAAGAUAACUGCUUUGAAUUUGUAACAGAUUCAACAAAUAAUGUGGGCAUUCUGAAGGUUAUUAAGCCACUGAAUUAUGAACAGAUGCAAAGUUUACAGCUGAGCUUUGCUGUUAGAAACAAAGCUGCAUUCCACCAUUCGAUUGCUUCUCAGUAUCAAGUUAUUGGAACUCCCCUGACAAUACAAGUAAUAAAUGUGAAAGAACCACCAUCAUUUCAACCAUCUACUAGGAUCUUUUAUAUACCAAGAGACUUAUCAAAGGAAGCCAUGUCUAAUUACAUCGUUGGAAUGUGUGCAGCCACCGAUGAGGAAACUGGAUUAAUUGCAUCAAAUGUCAGAUAUCUGAUGGGAUAUGAUCCGUCUUCCAUGUUUAAAAUCAAUGCCAAAACUGGUGAACUCCGUUUGAACAAAUUUGAUUGGUCGAUGUUGAAUGUGGGUAAGGGGUUCUACAAGGCAGAGAUACUGGCUAUUACAGAAGGGAUUCCUGCAAACACUGCCACUGGUACCAUUGUGCUUACAAUCCAAGAUGACAAUGAUAAUUGUCCAGUUCUUAGUACUGACAUAAGAAAAAUAUGUAUGAGUGCUCCCUCAACAGUUCUCUCAGCACAAGGUCUAUACAGCGAGCCAUAUGAACCUCCCUUUACAUUUAUCAUAGCUGACCAACCUCCAAAAGGUUCAUGGACUCUUAGACCAAUAGAUGAUCUCUCUGCAGAACUAACAGCUCAAAAGAUGGAGUUUUUAAUUUAUGACAUCGAUGUAUAUGUGAUAGAUAGCCAAGGCAGAAGAUGUGAACGACCACAACGAAUUCCUUUGCAAGCCUGUGUUUGUGAUGAUCGCCAAACAUGUACUACUGGGGCUACUGAAAAAGCACCUAUUGAAAGUUCUACAAUUAGUGGUGGGAUCACUCCUCGUGAAAAUGGUUUUAUAACUACUGAUCCUACUAUUUAUACCGCUGUUUCUACUGGCGUUUAUGUUGGAGAUGGUACUCCUGAUGUAGGACGCUGGCCUGGCCGAGGUGGAACAACUACACUUGGUGGUGGUGCUAUUGCUCUGAUGUUUCUUGGAGCCUUAAUAUUUCUAUUGGUUCCAAUUUUGAUGGCAAUGAGUGCCUGUUGUGACCGUUGUGGUUAUAAAGCUAGACCUGUAGGUGGCGUUGGGGCUGGAUUUGAGCCUGUUCCUGAAUGCGAUGGGGGAGCAAUUCAUUCCUGGGGAAUAGAAGGGGCACAUCCUCAAGACCAGGAUGUCACAAGCAUCUCUGUAACAAAACACGCUGGCAGUGCAGGUGAAAUUGUUGAGUCUUCUGGCAUUUAUACAAAUACACGUGGAGGAACAGCAAUAAAUACAGGAAUGAAAGAAACUUCAGGGCUCGAAACAGCUGUAGAUUAUGGAAGAUUUCCAAUCUAUGGGACAACUUCUGGUUAUAGAAAAGAGUCGGUUGGAGGGACAUUACAAGAGUAUAGAGAAGGAGGAGUAAAUAUGGCUUUCCUAGACAGCUACUUUGCUGAGAAAGCAUUUGCCUAUGCAGAUGAAGAUGAAGGUCGACCCGCAAAUGACUGUCUGCUAAUAUAUGAUCAUGAAGGCAUAGGCUCUCCUGUUGGUUCCAUUGGCUGCUGCAGUUUUAUCGGAGAAGAUAUGGAUGACACCUAUUUAGAUACAUUAGGACCAAAAUUUAAGACCUUGGCUGAAAUCUGCUUAGGCAAAGUCGUCGAACCCAUUCCAGGUGUUAGUGCUACCUUUCCCAAUAUUGACAGUGAUCUAAAGUUGCCACCCCCGGGAACUACGAUCAUUGUUAAUGAAUCUUCAUCUAUGCCUCCCCAAGUUGGUAGUACAACAUUUGUUACCGAAAACACCUAUGCAUCUGGUGCUACUUUACAGCCUGCAAGGCCUAUCCCUGAUCCUUUACUCCAUGGUAAUGUAAUGGUGACUGAGACCUACACAUCCGGCUCAACUUUUCAACCACCUGCACUUACCAUUGAUCCUCUCCGUGCAUCAAAUGUUGUAGUCACAGAAAGGGUGCUUGCUCCUAACUCUGAUUUGCGUGGUGUUCUAAAUAUUCCUGAUCUAACAGAUGGGGCAAAUGUUGUAGUCACAGAACGGGUAAUUGCACCUGGUUCAAGGCUACCACCUUCUUUGAGUAUCCCUGAUCUAGCAGAUGGAUCAAAUGUAGUGGUCACAGAACGGGUGAUUAGACCUGCCUCUGGUCUGCAGGGCAGCUUAAAUAUUCCUUCUGAGCUAUCAAAUGCACAUAAUGUGGUUGUUACAGAGAGAGUACUGUCUGGCCCUGGUGUGAGCGGCAUGGGGGGCAUGAGCAGCAUGACUGGUCAAAUGCUUAGCGCUGACUCUCAUUUUAACCAGACAUUUGGAUCUGCUUCACCUGGUACAUCUCGAAGAAGGGUAACAAAAUAUAGCACAAUACAGUAUGCUAAUCAGUAAGGCUUCUAUUAGUAUCUUUUUCUGGAGAGAUCAUGAUUUACACUGAAAUUUUUAAUACUUACUAAAUAUACCAAAGUAUAUUUUUAUUAUUUAUAACUAGCAAAUAGUAUUAAAAUGUGGUGAUUUUUGUUUGAGUAAGAAUCUCGUAAAGCUACUCAGUUUCAAAGUCAAACACAGAAACUUUGUCAAUGGGGAAAGUUCAGGUAAGCAACUUUAAAUAUUUUCCUUUAUUAUUAGAAAUACAGUGCUAAAUACAGAUAGUGGCUUUUCUUCCAUAGCAUGCCCUUUUGCAUGUUGUCAGUGUUUAGAGUAAGAGUAUCAUCCAUUCAAAAUAUCACUUGCUCUAUAUUUGCCUACCAUAUUUCUCUGGCAUUAUAAAAAGGGAACAGCACUGAAGCUGUGCUGAAAUAUUUAGGGACAAUUUUGAACAGUUCAAUUAGUUCAGGGUGAUAGACUUAUGCAGAAUCUAUCCAGAGCAAAACGUUCACAUUGGCUAGCCAAUUCCCAUACUUAUACAGCCAAGGUUAAAUGAGAAUAAAAUUGGUCCUGGAAGAGUUCAUUAUAUGUUUAUAGUACUGACAUGCAUGAAUUUUAUAUGGUGCCCAUACUGAGGUCUUCUCUCAUAUUGUGACUUGUCAUGAUAGAAUUGGUCUUUAUUUAAAUUGGGAUUAACAGCCUAUGACUGAUUAAUUGCCCCAUUCCUGCCUCCAAAUGUUGUGUGGCAAUAACACAGUGCUGUCUUGGGAAAGGGUCAUCAGUAUGACUUGUCAAAACAACAUUUAAAAUCACUUUCAUAUGCAUAAAAUUAACAUUGCAUGUUAGCUGUACAUUUUUUACAAAAAGUAAUGCAUGGUAAGUCAUUCCUUUGCCACUAGCAAUACAAUGUAUAGAAAUAGUUACAAGCAUAUGAGCGCAGUAUAUUCUUAUUACACACCAUACAUUUCAGUAAAUGCCAAGGCAUCCAUCUGACUCAAAACACACCACAACUAGUCAAUUUGAUCUGGUAAGGGUAUGAAACUAUUAGUCAUGUCUGUGUCUCCACUAAACUUACUACCAUAGCCUGAUCAGCCAUGACUGCUGUCCUCAGUGACUCAGAGGCAUGUUGUCAUCUACUAACCAGAAGAUAGUCUCCAAUUUCUGGGCAUUUUCUGAGUAUUAUAAUAUAUCUUACUAGUUCUCUGCACUAAAUAAUCACAAGGAAAUAUCACCUUAGCUUUGUGUUCUGUGGAAACAAUUGAAAUCUAGUCAAUUUUGAUCUUGGCAGUAAAACAUUUUUCAGGAGAAGAAAAACUUUUGGAAAAAUAUAGUUUUGUUAGAGCAAAGUACAGAGACUAGAUAUUUCAUAUAAGGUCUGUACUUUGUAUUGUACUUUGAAAGUGAAUUUGAACAUGUUAAAUGGGAAAAUGCAUGGAAGUGUUUAGUUCCUAUUUUUCCACAAGAUGCUAGCUCAGCAAAAGUCUCUAUUUGCUUGAUACUAAAUAAAUACAAACAAUAAAAUAUUGGCACCAAAUUUUGGCUGAUAUUUAACAAAAAGUCAGAAAUCUUUUACUAUCGAUUGUCUCUCUUGAUAGCUUACUAAUUGCAUAUAUACAUCACAGAGUACAUGAAGCUGGAUGAACAAAAUACUGAAAUAUAGUAAGCUAUCUUGUUUUAAUUCUGUAUCAUAUGUAAAGUAGAGUAACUAUAAUGUAUCCAACAAUACUUUAGUGUAAAUACAAUCAAAUUAUUCAGGGGGCUUGUUUGCCCCUAAAACUACAAAAUCUGUAUUUCUUUUCCCUCCUGCUUUGCUAUGGGUAAAUUAUUGAGGAAUUUAUCAGAGUUGCAUUAGGAAAAUCACUUGAUCUCUGACAUCACUUCUGAUGAGUUAGAAGGGAAGAGGCUUAGUCACAUGCCUAGACUAAUUUAUCUCAUAAGACAUGGACAAAGUUUUUGAGCCUGGUGUCAUUUAAAGGCCUUUUAUAAAUAUUUUCUGAAAUGCAACUUGGCCCCAUUGUCCAAGAGUAUGUGCAAGGCUUUCUGCACUGAUAUUACAGUCACAGAUAUCAAUAGUUUACUGAAGUUUACCAUAUAAAGCUCAAGGCUGCUUCACAAAAUGGUUCUCCCGUAGUAUUGUAUCCAGUUUCAAACCUCACGUAAGGACAUUUGUUGUAUUACAUAUUCUACACAUUAGUGAUAGUGUACAGUCACUUAUUACCUGAUUCUGCAAUCCCCACUCAAGUUGGGUAUCACUUAGGUUGUAUUGACCUAAAUGAGAUCUUUCUCACCAGCAUGUCCUACAAAGAGGGCCGUAACAAGGGUGAGGUGAGUGAGGCAUUUGCCUUGGGCGCACAGCUGAGGGGACACAGAAAAGACAGCUAUUACACUGUCUUCACUCAUGUCUCGCGCCAUAUCAGCACUCCUAUCUGCGCCGAGGACUGUCUUACCUCAGGCACCAAAUUAGCCAGUUACGACUCUGCUACAAAGUCUGAAUAAGGAUUGUAGGAUUGUUCGCUGAAGAAGGAAAAUAAGUUGCUCACAUACACAGGUUUAUGGUUUUAUGACUUAUUAUUGGAAACUAUAAAAUUCAGUACAAAGAAAUCAAAUGUUGCCUUUUUCAUUAACCCAAAAGCUUUAACAAAAAUGACUUUGAUGUGAAAGGAUUUUUUUUGAAAAUAGCAGUGUUCUGUAAGUAGUUCCUUAAUCAUCUUAUGCAAAUCAAAAAUAUUCUUCUUCAUGAUAUUCACUAGUAGUAAAAUUAGACUUCAGAAACACUUCUUGUAUCUUGUAUUCUUUCUUUACCCUGUUGAACAGGAAUGUUGUAUGUUGUAUCAGUUUUUGAAUUAGAAAUAGUCUCUUGCAUGUCUAGGAAUAGAAAUGGUUUUGAAAAAGGGGAAAAUAUGAAAAAAAUACAUUUAUUUUGAUUAUAUGGUAGCUGCCUUUCUUUGUUAGUAAUAACUCCUGCCAACUCUUCCUAAAGAACAUUAGUUUGGUGUUUAGUGAAGUGUCAUGAAAGAAUAUCCUAGUGUAGUUUUUAAUGCUUGAUUUCUAACAGAUCAAGCAGCAAUAGCAUUCUUCUCUUUCAAACUGUACUACCAAGGCAUUUCUGAAUAUUAAUUUCUCUUGCUGUAUAAUUUCAGCUUUUUAAAAAAAGUUUGUUAGCAAGAUAUGGAGGAUUUUUGGUUACUACAAAUGGUUGAACAAAAAUGUAUUUGGAAAUGUAAGAAAUUAUUCAGUUUAUUAAAAAUUCUGUACAAACACUUUUGCUAGACUUAUUGUUGAAAACGGCAUAUGCCCCCCCAUAUGUACUCAAACAUAAGCCCAUUCAAACAUAAAGCUGACUCCCAAAACUUACAGAGAAAAAUUGGUUUAUUAAAAAAAAAAAAAAAA